AUGGGCCUCCCGAUCAUCAUGCUGUUUCAGGUUGCUGUGAUUGCCAUAGCCUAUUGCCACCCCAGCAAGCCCCAUUUUUCCUUUGCUGCAAGGAGAGCAGUUAAUUGCCGUGCUUCCAAAUAUUUCUCUAGAUUCAGCACAAAACCCAUAUUUAUGGCCCCUGAAAAGAAGAAGAGCUGCCUGUCUUGUGUGAAGUCUGGGACUGGCCAAUAUCAGAUAGAGUUGAAAGAGAAAGAUAUUAAGGAACUUUAUGGAGAUCCCAAAAAUGCCAAAGCUUUCACUUUUUAUAGUAAGGAGGAAGGCAACGGUGAUAAAUGCACUUUUGAAUCUGCAGAGUUCCCAGGUUGGUUCAUCAGCACUUCUUCAGAAGCCAAAAAGCCUAUUGGUUUGAGUCAAAAAGGAGGAACUCAGAACAUCCUGUUUUACUUUAAAAGAAAAUCAUGA